AAUUAUGUCCUCUCUCCUCCCCUUCCAGUCCUGGGUCGGGUGCUGGAGGUGACAGAUCUCCCUGAGGGCAUCACUCGUACCGAGGCGGACAAACUCUUCACACAGCUCGCCAUGUCCGGCGCCAAGAUCCAGUGGCUCAAGGAUGCUCAGGGGCUGCCUGGAGGGGGUGGGGGGGACAACAGUGGGACUGCUGAGAAUGGCCGCCACUCGGACCUCGCUGCCUUGUACACCAUUGUGGCUGUGUUCCCCAGCCCCCUGGCUGCCCAAAAUGCCUCCCUUCGUCUCAACAACUCCGUGAGUCGCUUCAAACUUCGAAUGGCCAAAAAGAACUAUGACCUGAGGAUCCUGGAGCGAGCCAGCUCCCAAUAAAUGGAGGAGGGGAAGGGACUGUCACAGAAGGAACAGGGGCAGGGUGGAGGGGGUUGAAGGAAUCCUCACAGACCAUGGACAGAGGCAGGAAGUAAGGAGACUGAUGCUAAACUGGAGCCUAAGACAGUGAUGAAGAUGGAAACAGACAGAUGCCCACACUGGCAUUGGACUCUUUCUUGCUCCCCUACCAUGGGUCCCCUCUUUUUCCCUGGUUGACCCCCCUUGCACCCCUCUUCUUCCCAUCCUCUUUUUUUU